AUGUAUUCAGUAUUAUUAAAAGAAAUCCUUCUUGAACUUGAAUACGAUGAUGAAACAGCAAAACAGGAUUUCGUCGACUAUUGUCGAUAUGAAUACGCUGAUAAUAUUGCUACAUUACAAACCAUCGAUCGAUUUGAACGCGAUUAUUGUCAAGACCGUGUGAUUUAUUGGUAUAGUCAGCCAUGUUUCUUCUUUGAAUUACUCAAUCGUUCGUUAAGAAGUCAGGAUAUUGAAAUUUUAGUUCGAAUGACUUUCGUCCUACGUCAUCUUCACAAACAGAUCGAACAUUUUCAUUCCAACACUAUAUCAUCAGGGUCUCCUACUUGCUUUCAUGUUUAUCGAGGUCAAGGUAUGGAUCGAAAAGAAUUCGAUUCCAAGAUCAGAAACAAAGUUGGUGGUCUUCUUUCAUUCAAUAGCUUUCUCUCAACCAGUGAAAAUGCAGCCGUAGCGGAGAUAUUUGUUCUUCGUAACGAUCCGAAUAGUGUGGCUGUUCUUUUCGAUAUUAUUGUUGACAAAAGUAUGUCACGAUGUCCGUAUGCUUCUCUUACUCACAAUUCUGCUAUUGCUGAUGAAGAAGAAAUCUUGUUUUCUAUGCAUAGUGUGUUUCGUAUUCAAUCAAUUGAAGAAAAUAUGGAUGAUGGUAGUUGGCGUGUGAAUUUAACCAUGACGCAUGAAAAUGAUCAGCAAUUGCAUGCACUUACAGAUCAUAUACGAAAAAGGAUCGAAGGUCCCACUGGUUGGAAUCGUCUGGAGAACCUACUGAUGGAGAUGGGCAAAUGGAAAAUGGUAAAACCUUUGAUUGAAGUAUCACUAGCCUCAAGUUUACGUGAUGAAUGUCAUAGAAAACGAGCUUAUUUUCACCAUCAAUUGGGAGUGAUCAACGCCAUGAUUGGAGAUUAUGCAAUGGCGAUCGAACAUUACAAAGAAUCACUCGCUCUAAAAUCUCCAACAGAUCUCCUGGGACUAGCCUUGAUCCACAAUGGUAUUGGUUCAACGUUAGAAGAACAAGGACAUUCAUCGGAUGCACUCGGUGAAUAUGAAUGUGCGCUCUCCUUAAUCAAUCAACUCGGUCAAAUUAAUAUCGAAGCUGUUAGUGCUGUUCGAAAUAAUAUUGCUGGCGUACUGCGAUUUCAAGGAAAAUUGCUGAAAGCAUUGCAUAUGUAUGAAGAGUGUUUGGAACUGGAAAUCAAAUAUCUGCCAGCUUUGCAUCCUGAUUUAGCCAUAACCUACGCUAAUAUAGCUUCGAUUUAUGAUGAUUUGAAUGAAUAUGAAAUAGCACUUAGAUUCGAAUUCAAAGCAUUGAACAUUGAACAACACUCGCUACCAUCUGAUCAUCCGUCUCUUGCUGUAACACACUCGAACAUAGCAUUAACUUUGUAUGCUCUCAAUCGUAUUGUCGAAGCAGUGUCACAUCUUCAGCAGACUGUUGAUAUUCUAACCAAGGUUUUGACAUGUGAUGAUCCAUUUCUUCUUCGAAACCGCUCCCUCUUGGAAAAACUUCAGCGAGAACUGUAA